AUGCUUGCUUGCUCUUGCCGCUAUGAUAUUGUCAUUACAGGGAAUGAUCCUAAGGCAAUUCAGUCUCUUAAGGAUUUCCUCCAUACUCGCUUCCGCAUAAAAGACCUUGGAAAUCUUAAAUAUUUUUUGGGAAUUGAAGUAGCAAGAUCAAAGAAGGGAAUUUUCAUCUCUCAACGCAAGUACGCACUGGAUAUACUUGACGACGCUGGACUUUUGGGUGCUCGCCCUUAUUCAUUUCCCAUGGAGCAGAUGCUUAGACUCAACCCUACUGAUGGCAAACCACUACAAGAUCCUACCAGAUACAGGCGAUUAGUAGGUCGCCUCAUUUAUCUCACAGUAACGAGGCCAGAUCUCUCAUUUACUGUCCAUGUGCUUAGCCGUUUCAUGCAUGAGCCGCACCAACCUCAUCUAGAUGCAGCUCUUUGUGUACUACGUUAUUUGAAAGGCUCUCCAGGACAAGGCAUUUUAUUUCCUACUACAAACAACCUAAAGUUAAAGGCAUUUUGUGACUCAGAUUGGGCAAGUUGUCCAACUACCAGGAGAUCUGUCACAGGUUAUUGUACUUUCCUUGGUGAUUCUUUGAUUUCUUGGAAAACCAAAAAACAAAAUGAUGUGGCACGUUCCUCUACAGAAGCAGAAUACCGAGCUAAGGCAGAUGCAUGUUGUGAGCUCACAUGGUUACGUUACAUCCUCAAAGACUUCGGCAUUCAACAUUCAGAACCAGCAGCAUUGCAUUGUGAUAAUCAAUCAGCUCUUUAUAUUGCAAAGAAUCCAGUAUUUCACGAGCGAACGAAGCAUAUUGAUCUUGAUUGUCACUUGGUAAGACAAAACAUUCAAUCAGGCUUGGUGUCUACUGCUUACACGCCAACAAAGAUGCAGAUUGCUGAUAUAUUUACUAAACCCUUGGGCAAGGUUCCUUUUGGCUCACUAUUAGGCAAGUUGGGAGUAUACAACAUACACUCUCCAACUUGA